AAAAGUGACCAAGUUGGCAUGAAGAAACUGAAGUUACUCUUCUUGAAGCAAAGGGGAGAUUUGACAGAGCUGUACAAGAUUACAACAGGCCUUGAAAAAUUGCCAAAACCCAAGAACGUGUUUGUAAAUUCGACCAACAUGAGGCACAUCCUGAGGUGGAGUCCUGUGAGAGUUCCUGUGGGAGAGAUCAGUUACUCAGUACAGUUUCAAGGUGAGUUUGAAAGAAAUCACAAGAAGACUUGGGUGGCAAUCUCGGAAUGUUCUGGCAUGACUGAGAUGUCUUGUGAUGUCACGAUGGAUAUAUCAUCAGAUGUGGAUUAUGAUCUGAAGGUACGGGCACAACUUGGGAACAUCACUUCCAAAUGGGCAAACCUCAGCAAACUCUUCAAUCGUAAGGAGACCAAUCUCACAAUACCGAGCCUGACAGUUAAAGGGAGCGGUGGUUUGCGAACCAUUAACGUCAGUGAUGUAACGAAGAACAUCAAUGCUCGUAUUUAUUACUGGGAAAAAGCUGCGGAGCAGCAGAUUAUGAAUAUUUCCACAGACCAGAAUCUUUACAAUAUUGUCCUGCACAAGGAGGUCCUGUAUUGUUUUCAAGCUCAACUUUUCAUUUCAGAAUACAACAAGUUCAGUAACCAUAGUGACCCAGUAUGCGAGUCAGCCAAUGAUGUUCCAGUUACCACAUCCAAGGAGAUCCUUAUAACAGUGACUACGGUGUUACUUCUUGGAGUCUUCAUUCUGAUAGUCUCCCUGUUUCUCACAUGGAAGAUCUUCUGUCAAACCCAAUCUGCAUGGCUUCCCAAAAUUUCAACUCCCUACAUUCCAAACUUUGGUAGCCAUCGAGUAGACAUCAUGAGUGAAGAAGACCACAGCCAUGAGUAUUGCCAUGUUGUGCAGGUUCUACCUCAGUCAGAGCCAUUACUCAGUCAAUGUCAAGCACUGACACGGGAGGAGAAUCCACACUGCAAACAGAUACAGACUGUUGGGCAAUCAACUUCAUGAUAUCAGGGAAUGUCUCCCAAUCGCAUUGUUCAAUAGAGAUUGAGUGUUGGAGAGGAUAUUGGAGACUGAUUCUGACAGCACUGGCACCUUCUGAAUUAGGAAGCAGCAGGAUGAGUAUUUAAAGAAUUUAAUAUGAAAUGACAAGUUCACAGCGACCUGCUGCUCAUGGAGUUGGAUUGAAAUUCAGGCUGACGCAAAUUCUCAUUCUUGACUUUCAAGGAUUUCAGUGGGCACAAAGUGCUGAAAUGUUUGAUGGCCUUUAUUGACCCAACACCCAUUCACUUCCCACAAUCCAAAAAAGUUUGGGAUUCUGCCCCUUACUUUGGCUGCAUCUCUAAACUGAGUACUAGGUGAUCCUUACUGAACAACUAAUGCACUCAUCUAGUCACAACAUGGACAAAAUGGAGGGUAUUCUUCAUCCCGUUGACUCCGCCAACAUACCAUGGGUAACUUUUAGGAUUUUGAGAUUGGAAGGCAUAGAUUGUGCUGUUAUUUACAGAUCAAGCGUGCUCCUCUGUAUCUCUUUCAAACAGUACAUCAUUCUACACAUCGUAGCCUAAUUUUGCCACUGUUGCCAAGCUCAUUAACCAUAGUAUAACAACUGAGCCUGAUCUUUCUCUGUAGCAAUUAGGAAUUAAUAUCUAUUGAACUACCCUGUCCCCUACACCCCCCAGAUCCUGUCUAGACGUUCUGUACCAAAUGUGGUCUCUAACCAAUAAUCAACACAGUCUUGGAGAUCAAACCCAUGAUACAUUAGUCUGAAUGGCUUGGUAUCAACUAAUAGCAUGUGAUGCACUCAAUCCCUGACUCAUUGAUGUACAUGUCUACAAUCUCUAAUUGAUUUUCAACUCCUCUCCAACCUGCUUGGUCAUUCACUUAGGUUUUGGUUGAUCUGCAUUGUAACUCCAGCUACCUACCUUGGUUCCAAAUCCAUUCAUAGCCUUGCCUAACAAAAAUGUGUUCUUCCCAGUUUUUUGAAAUUUGCAGUUGACCCCCAGUUGAGGAAUGAAUUCCAUAUUUGCCACACACUUUUUUGGUUCCAUGUCCUUCCUGAUAUUAGUCCAGCUCUAAUUUUAAGUCCCAAAUUCUGGAUUUUGUCUCCAGAGGGAAUAUCAAUCCUCUUCAAAUCCUUUAACCAAUUAAAUUGAACUGUGACUUUUGAUAUUGUAAGCAAUGCAGACCUUGUCUGUGUAACUAAUCCUCAUAUCUUAACAAUUUUGGCCCCAGUUCUGAUAGAAGGGGCAGCAUACACAUUCCGGUGUAAUUGGGCUUUCAAUAUACCAACCUUAUUCCAUGAAAUCGAAAGACCAGAUUUGUAAAUAUAUCCCAGUGUUACAUGAUUCAUGAGUUGUUUAAAAGCCACACCAUUCCAGAGCUCUUGCAGCCUUCUGUUUCAUAGAAAUUGUUACUUUUCCCACUUGGACACACGUUUGCUUUUGACCCAGCCUGACUGAUGGAAAGUCUCCUCUAUCUGGUGGUUGGAAAGCUCCAAGAGACCAGGCAGUUUCAUGCCAGCUUUUAACGCAGUAUGAAAGGCCACAUGCAGGUAGAGUGAGAAACAAAAAUGUACCAGAGAGCAUAUCAAUUGAUCUUCACCUGUCGUGUUGGGUGCACAAAUGCAAUCUCCUGUUCCUUCUCCCCAACCCUGUACCCAUUGAGUAAUGUGUCAGUCAUUUUGUUUUGUUUGGUGAUGUGAGCGGGACUGAAAAUGCCAUAUUUAUCAUUCAUUCCUAGUUGCUUUUUGGGCAGUAAGAGUCGAACAUUUAUUAUAGAACUCAGGUUGCAUGUAAUAUUACAAGAUGCAUGUUCCUUUCUUUGAAGCACCACAGUGAACCAAUUGGGACUUUUUUUAAAAAAUUCAUUCGUGGAAUGGAGGGUGUCACUGGCUAGGCCGGUAUUUAUUGCCCAUCAAGCAGUUGAGAGUCCACCGCAUUGCUUUGGGUUUGGAGUCACACAUAGACCAGACCAGAUAAGGAUGGCAGUUUCCUUCCCUAAAGGACAUUAGUGAGCCAACAAUUUGCAAUGGAUUAAUAGUCAUCAGUGAACUCUUGAUUCUAGAGUUUUAUUGAAUUCAUAUUUCACCAUCUGCCAUGGCAGGGUUUCAAACCCAGGUCCCCAGAACGUUUUCCCAGCCACCAUCAGUUCUGAGGAAGGGUCACUGGACCUGAAACGUUAACUCUGUUUUUUCCUUCAGAGAUGCUGCCAGACCUGUUGAGCUUUUUCAGCAACUUUGUUUUUGUUCCUGAUUUACAGUAUCCACAGUGCUUUUGCUUUCCCCAGAACAUUAUAUAGGUCUCUGGAUUAACAGUUGAGUGAUUAUAACACUAGGCUGUCGCCUCUCCUUGGUUUUUCAUUGUCAUUCUUCUUUUUAUGAACUUAUGACCUAUCAGAGGGCAGUUGUGGCACAGUAGUUCCUUUGAGGCAGGAGGCCUCGAUUCAAGUCCUACUUGCUCCAAAGGUAUGUCAGAACACAUCUGAACAGGUUGAUUAGAAAUAUCUACAAACUAUCAGAGAUCAGCAUUGCAACCUGCCAAGGCAUGAUUCCUAUGUAAAACCUUGGGUUAUUAGUUCUGUACCCAACCUUUAGACUAAUACAACUUGCUUUGGUUUCUUAAGUAAACAGUAGCAGUAACAUUUAUGUCAGUGUAUUCAAUGAGAGUUUAUGGGGGAUAGAGGUACAUUGUUAAUACAGAGCGGAGAUCCCUCUUCCUCUGCCCUUGACAUGACUUGGGGUCAAUGAUAGUGACACUGAGGGUUCUGAAUGAACAAUUUUCCUGUCCCUUGACUCACAAAAUUUUCAACAUUCUUGAAAAAAAUGAUUUUUAAUUUAUAGAUAAGAAUAAAGAGCUUGCAUUUAUUUAGAUAUUUUUCAUUUUCCUCAAUA